AUGGCGGAGGAGAUCCAUGAGCUGGACUAUUGGAGGAAGUUCUUCCGCUGCGCCACCCCGGAUAUCUUUCAUGUGAUCUACCAGGCGAUCCGAGUGGCUGCAGCGGACUCCCCCGCAGAGUUUCGUCACCGUAGGGAUCGCAUCGCCGAGGUGCUCUUCUCGCCUCACCCACCGGAGCGAGACGAACCCACAAGGAAGGGGGUCCCCGAGAAGAGAAUAAAUCUGGAUUUCAUCGGCCGGGAGAAGCAGAGCAGUGCUGGUAGCAGCGGCGUCACCCCCGAGGCUGGAGAGGCAGUGAUAGACCAGAUCAAAAAGGAGACAUGGAGCCAGAUCGUGAACGAGAUCUCGAAGACUACGGAGAGCCUGGUACAGGGCAAAGCUCUUAUGGUUCGACUCUUGAAUCUUUUCCACUUCUUCGAGUUUCGAUUCAAUAGCUUCUUCGUUCACUGGACGUCCUUUUCGUAAUUCGCUUUCGACGUAGAGGGGGAAGAAGGGUGCCCGCAAGGAUCCUUCCGUGCGCAAGGAGGAACCGAAGCCAGAGAAAAUAAGCCCACCACUACAGGCCAUGAUGAAGGAAUCAGUAGGUCACCUCACCUACAACAGCUCCGAAAAGCCAUCCCCUUCCUCUCUUUCCCUGCAUUCUCAUAUUCACCCCCCCGCUGUGGAUCAUUCUAUGUGUAGAGGAUCGACUACGCCGACAACAUGACGAUUCAAGCGAAAAUCGAAGCUUCCAAGAGGAAGCUCCGUGAUGGUUACGAAAAAGCCGACAACGGUGAGUAAAUUUCUAGUUUCUGAAGUAUAAUAAGAACCCGCUUUUAUUUUUUAUUGAGUCCGCGAUGGGGCGCUAACUGGUUUUUCUCCGGGAGUGUAGUGAAGAAGAUGAGGACGAUACGAGUCAUGCCACUGCAGGACGCACCCAAACCGGGGCCCGAUCCCAAGAGACCGUGGCGCUGGCAUUAA